CAAGUGUGAAUGGAAGAUCGAUUCGGGAUCAGCAGCGGACAAAGUUGCAAUGACUUAUCUCGCCUUCAAUUUAGAAACAAACUACGAUAAAUUGACAGUUUAUGAUGGAGAGAGUGCGUCGUCAAAUAUGGGUACUGACAUAGAUACCGGAAGUUACGAUGAUAGAUUUUACAUAUCGAGUGGACGAUACCUGUUUUUGAGGUUUACGUCCGACUCUUCAAUUAUGUGGUCAGGAUUUAAGAUACAGUACAUCGCUAUAUCAAACAGCAUUAUAAAACCAAACUGCGGUGACACCAUAACGCUAGAUGAAACAUCAAAUAUUGAAAAACAAUAUGCUUUGAAUACCUUCAAUCAGCCAAUCACCACUUCGUUUUACACAACCUGCGAAUGGACAAUAAGCUCAAAUACAAAUGCCCAUUUCUCGAUAAAUAUUGUAUAUGCAGACUUUGAUGAUUUCUCAACUUAUUCUUGCGAUCAGACAAACGAAUACGGUUUAUCAGUAUGGGAAGGAUCGACAAUAACUUACCAACUAUGUGGAUUUUUACCGGAUUCUCUUGUUUCUGUUUAUGCAUCUGGUGCACUUACAAACAAAGUAAAAUUUAAGGCUCCAAUUAUCAACAGUAUUGACAGAGGAUUCAUAUUGACACUGAAAUACCUUGGAACAAGUGCAAUUACCAGUAGUGCUAUACCCACAUUGGUCGGCUCGUCUAGUUCGUGUGGUUCCGAGACAAAUCCAACCCGUCUCACAGCUGACAAUGUUACAAUACAGUAUGUCACUUCCCCAGGUUAUCCAGGCCAGUACGCAAAUAAUCUUGAAUGUUGGUGGAUUAUCACUGCUCCAUUAGAAGGAGUACAGAUAUUUCCAUACCAGAUAAACACUGAUGGUACAGAUACAUUAACAAUAUAUGAUGGACCAAACUCAGGUUACGUUUCUCUAGCGUCGUAUUCAGGGACCUAUAGUUCAUUGUCUUCAUCUGUGCUGUCUACUGGAAGUAGCGUCACAAUCAAAUUCGAAACUGACGGGUCAACAACAGAUACUGGAUUUUCUAUAGGUUAUUUGGAAAAUGCAACAGUUAUUCCAAAUUGUGUACCAACUGGUUAUGUUUAUCUAAAUGCUACAAGUAAUGAACAGAGUUUACAGUCACAUGUAGGUUAUGGAUCGUCUUCUUACUCGAAUGACUUAGAUUCCUAUUGGCUGAUUGAUACAGGGUCAACUCCAAACACUAUUAACAUCAAGUUCACUUCAUUUAAUAUAGAAAGCGCCACUUCAUGCCAAUAUGAUUAUUUCAAAGUAUAUGCAGGUGCAUGUGAGGAUGAAGAUAAUAAAAUACAAUUAUAUUGUGGAGAAAGUACAGACCUGUAUUUUAGCAGUACAAAAGGAAGAUACAUUUUAAUUCAUUUCCAUACAGAUUAUUCUGUGACUCAUACUGGAUGGGAACUAAAAUAUUACACGUCAGAUGUUCAGACGGAAGACGAUUCAUCAGAGAGCAGCAAUAAUUGGCGAAUUGGUCUAGGUGUUGGUGUUUUUAUUGUAAUCAUUAUUUUCUUCUGUGUCUGUUGUCAGCAGAAAUCGCGUUCUAGAAAAAGUAGGACUAUUCCAACAACUACAAACUUUCAGCAGCAUCCUCCUGAAAGGAAAACAUUGCCAAGUCAGAUUGUCAUAAAAGCACGGCAACCAAAAAUCAAGCCAGAAUAUAUAAUGGACACAUGGAAGGGUCAACAAAAACGAAACCGUCUUCAAAAAGCCAUUGGUAAACAUCAGUUGAAGGAAGCAAAUUAUGUAUCUAACGGAUCCAAAUCAGAACUAACAUCAAAAUCUGAAUUCCCCAAUGAAAAUCCUUCCAAAAAUCUUCCUCCAUUAAUUCACCAUAUAAAGCAAAGAAGUCCACCUCCAGAUUACAGGGAAUUCGAAGAAGAACAAAAGGAGGAUUUUGUAUCUUUACCAACAAACACUGAUCAAAAUCAGGCAGAAACAUAUAAAAGUGACCCGUCUCGUCUACAGUUUGAUCCAAAUAAUAUCCCACUUCCUUUUGAAUAUACCAUGCCACCUCAACUGUUGUCAUGAUUAAUUUGUUUCUAUAUUAGUGUUACUGUUCCAGUACGCAAAGGUGAAACUCAGAUAAAAAUGGUUUUCAAAACGUAAACAAAACUUUAUCAUGUUUAUCAUUUUUAUCGUAGAUACAAACAUUUAAUCAGAGGAUACAAUUUGAUGACGUUAUGAAAGAAUAAUCUUUGAACAUUUUUAAUGAGAUAAAUGGUGCACACAAUAUUAUUUUUUUUUGCAUUGACAAUCGAAAAACCUUCACCUCGUCUUUGUAAUUUACAUAUUAUUUUAGAAUUACACAUUUUGAUAAUCUUAUUCAAUUAAAUAGUCACACAUUUGGGAAAAAUUAUUGGGUAUUAAAAUGUCUAACGAAGUCACCCUCCGUAUGGAAUUGGUUUCGUAUUUCUACGUCUUUAGUGUUUCAUGCUGUUUUACAAGUAUUAGUCAUUACCUUGUCAGUUUGUUUUUGACUUGUGCGUUUUAAUAUCCUUAUGAUAUUCGCCUAUUUUCUAAAUUAAUAAAAUUCACAAGUCAGAAUCUAAAUAUUUUGGUAUCAGAUUUUUCGACACAUGAACAUAUAUACAGUAUAUUUUGAGUAUAAAAAUUAUUCAAGAUGUCUAUGCUAAUUUUACACAUUAAUAAAUUAAAACUGAGAUAACACAUAAUAAAUUAGUUCAUUUGAAGUUUUGGGUUUGCCUUCAUCGAGUAUGCUCAAACUGUAAUAUUUGAAAGGUUUAAAAGUAUGAAUUCAUGGCCGAAAGGGACCUUAAACUAUAGAGUAUUUAAUAAAGCAUUAUACAUUUGGUUAGUACCACAGGACUGUCCUCUCAGCUUGUAUUAUCCUUGAAUUCUACGUCAAUCACUAACUGUGCCUACCGAUCAGUACUCGCAAAUAAACAAAACCAGUUAUACACGUGGUAUUCGACGAACUUUAAUUUUAAGAUGACAUGUCUCAAUAUUCAAGAAAGUUGUGUACUAUCUUCAGUUAAAAGACUGGUUGCUUAUUUGUUACAUAACAUUAUAAAAUGAAAUGGCUUAUAUGUCACAUAUUUUCAAAACGAAUUUCAAUUCAUCAA